AUGGGUCGUUCAAGAAGAUGGUGCUCUUGGAACGUGCGAGGGUUAGGAAAUGCUGAGAAAAGAAGAGAAGUGAAGGAAGUCUUGAAAAAGGUGAAAUUAGAAUUAAUCUUACUCCAGGAGACAAAACUGGGGGAAAACAAAGAUCGAGUGGGAGAAUUGUUUGCUAAAUCCAUCAACCUCAAUUUCGCAGAGGUUCACGCAUCAGGAUCAGCAGGGGGAUUGAUCUCUUGUUGGGAUUCAGGUAUCAUAUCCGUGGAUGAUGUUAUUAAGGAUCAGAGCUUUAUUCUAUUGGUAGCAAAAGUACCUUUCCUGUCUGCUCCUGUGUUAAUUGGCAAUGUAUACAGUCCAAAUGUUGAGAAUCAAAGGAUUGCUACUUAUCCAAAGCUAGCAGCGGCGGUGAGUAACCUAGGUCUUGGAUGCUUUCUAGGUGGCGAUUUCAAUGGGACCCUUAAUCCUGGGGAACGAAAAGGUGGUAUUGAUGUUAUUGAUCCGGGCCUUUCUGAUUUAGUCUCUGGUUUGAACUUGAUUGAUCUUCCCUUAGCAAACGCAGAAUUCACGUGGUUUAGCACCCGUCAUGGAGGUUUAUGGAGCCGACUGGAUCGGUGGCUGAUUAGCGAAGAGAUAUUAAGAGAGAUUGACGGAGUUCAUCAAUCGGUUGAGGAGUGGGGUCUCUCAGAUCAUAGAGCCAUUUCUCUGUCCAUGGGGGCUGUCGAUUUCGGUCCAAAGCCCUUCAGAUUUUAUAACAACUGGAUGUUGGAGGAGGAUUUCAAAUAUCUGGUGAAUGCUUGGUGGAACUCUCCAUUGGUGGCGGGAUGGUCAGGGGCUUCCUUACUUGACAAGUUAAAAGAGUUGAAAAAGGAGAUUAAGCGAUGGAAGGGGAGUAGACCAAAUGCUAUGUCAGAUAGAAUCUCUUCACUGGAAACUGAUCUCCAAUCAGUUAUGGAUCAGAUUUUGAGGGAUGGUGCGUCUAAUGCUUUAAGGGCUAAAAGGCUGUGA